AUGGAAGACCCCAUGAAUGAGUGUGGGAAAUCCUUUACUCGCAGAUCCCUCCUUUUGACCCACAGGAAGGUCCAUGUGGGAAGUGGAUCCAGUCAAGGUUCGGAGGGUGAGAAAUCCUCUGGAAAAGACUUCAAAGGUCUCAGAAGCUCCUCCAGACUGAAACCCCAUAAAUGUGAGGAAUGUGACUUAUGCUUUGGUCAAAAGUCAACCCUUCUUACACAUCAGAAAAUCCACACUGGAGAGAAGCCUUAUGAAUGUCUGGAAUGUGGGAAAUUUUUCCGUGAAAAAACCACUCUCAGAAAUCAUGAGAGAAUUCACACAGGGGAGAAAUCUUACAAGUGUUGGGAAUGUGGGAAGAGCUUUUCUCAGAACUCAAGUCUUUUGGCCCAUGAGAAGAGACAUCAGAAGAGGCACAAAGAGGAGAAACCAUAUAAAUGUGGGAAAGGUUUUAUUUUGCCAGGAGAGUUUCAGAUUCAUCGGAGAAUUCACACAGGGGAGAAACCCUACAAAUGUGGGGAGUGUGGAAAAUGCUUCUCCCGAAAACAACACCUUAGAAGCCAUCAAAGGGUCCAUACAGGAGAGAAGCCAUUCAGAUGCGUAGAAUGUAGAAAAUCUUUUGCUUAUACGGGAAACCUUUCGAGACGUCAUAAAACCCACACAGGGGAGAAGCCACAUCAAUGCAAUGACUGUGGAAGAUUUUAUCGUACCUCAUCAGCCCUUAGAAGUCAUGUGAAAAUUCACACAGGGGAAAAAAAUUACAAAUGUUUAGAUUGUGGGAGAGCAUUUGCUCAUUAG